GAAACACCGUUUCAUCGGACCGGAUUCAUAAUUUGGGCCAUAAAAGCCCAUAGGCAAUGCCGAGUUACAACUUACACAAGACACGUAAGCAUUUUCCAAAUACCUGAAUUUCGAUUCGAUCCGAAAACACUCCUGUCAACGAUAUCCACGCGAUCCAUUCAACCCCCUUCGUGUUUACCUUCUCAUCCUUGCUAUUUCCUGAUCUUGUUGAUCUCCAUUGUUAGGGUUUCUCGAAGGGUAGUCUGAUCAUAUCCAAUUCAAUUCGCCAGUAAUUCUCUUUCAAUCAGACAACAUGUACGGAUUCGAAGCUAUGACCUUCAACAUUCACGGAGGUUACCUCGAAGCGAUCGUCAGGGGCCACAGAUCUGGUUUAUUGACCGCGUCUGAUUAUAACAAUCUCUGUCAGUGUGAAACUCUUGAUGACAUCAAGAUGCAUCUCUCUGCUACCGAAUACGGUCCUUAUCUUCAAAACGAGCCAUCACCAUUGCAUACAACCACAAUUGUAGAGAAAUGCACUCUUAAGUUGGUUGAUGAGUAUAAGCACAUGUUAUGCCAAGCAACUGAACCUAUGUCAACCUUCUUAGAGUACAUAACAUAUGGUCACAUGAUUGACAAUGUUGUCUUGAUUGUUACUGGAACCUUGCAUGAGAGAGAUGUUCAGGAACUAUUAGAGAAAUGUCACCCUUUGGGAAUGUUUGACAGUAUUGCCACCCUGGCAGUUGCUCAAAACAUGCGUGAGCUUUACAGAUUGGUGCUUGUUGAUACACCACUUGCUCCAUACUUCUCUGAAUGCAUCACAUCAGAGGAUUUGGAUGAUAUGAACAUUGAGAUUAUGAGAAAUACUCUUUACAAGGCAUACCUUGAGGAUUUCUAUCGAUUUUGCCAAAAAUUAGGUGGAGCCACUUCUGAAAUCAUGUCUGAUCUUCUAGCAUUUGAAGCAGAUAGGAGAGCUGUUAAUAUCACCAUAAACAGCAUUGGAACCGAGCUUACCCGAGAAGAUCGUAGGAAGUUGUAUUCUACUUUCGGUUUACUUUACCCUUAUGGCCAUGAGGAACUUGCUAUUUGUGAGGACAUAGACCAGGUUCGUGGUGUGAUGGAGAAAUACCCUCCUUACCAACCAAUCUUCUCCAAAUUAUCAUAUGGAGAAAGUCAAAUGCUUGAUAAAGCUUUCUAUGAAGAAGAGGUCAAGCGACUCUGCCUCUCUUUUGAACAACAGUUUCACUACGGUGUGUUCUUUGCGUACAUGCGGUUGAGGGAACAGGAGAUCAGAAACUUAAUGUGGAUAUCGGAAUGUGUGGCUCAGAAUCAGAAAUCCAGGGUUCAUGACAGUGUUGUCUUUAUAUUUUAAGCUGGGAACAGCAGGGGCAUUUAUGUAAAUUCAACCACUUCAUCAUGCUGCAAGUGAGUGCAGAGGGUUGCAAAAUAAGUCUCUUGUGUAUGUUAAUUUUUGUUGUUCGGGAGAGUUGGUUAUGUAUUGAAAGAUAUGAUAAAAUCGCUUUCAAAAUUCAAUUAUUUGUUAUGUAAUAUGUAAUCUGAAGUCCUUUAUUUGAACCUGGUUUUGAUAACCAACUUUUUAUACGCACAAUAAGGGUUUAUUUUUAUAGAAUCUAAUUUAAACCUAUGAGGAGUUGUCACUUAGUUGUAAAUUAAGCACACAAAAUGAUUUUGCAAAAAAA